CCCCAAUCAAAACGCCACAUACACCGGAGGACACACCCCCCCGUGCCCCUUCAAGUUCAUCCAAGGUGGAAGGCUCGCCCUAGGGACAAUUGGUCGGAGGAUCUGCAUCUUGAUCAAGUGACUGCUGCUAGUCGUUGGCGCUUGUUCACCUUUCAUUGUCUGCCGUCGCUCCUUUUGUUCUUAUAGACUCAGCUCACGUUCGGCGUUCGAGCUCCCUCAUCUUCACUGCAGCGCCCUCGAUCAACACCUAUUGCCGCAGCAAGAAGUUGUAGAUGUUUCAAGCAGCCUUUCGUGCAACUCGACGACGGUGACUGCUCAACAUGGCACCAGGCCGUCGGGACAGUGGUUCAAGCGGAAAUGCUGUCGCAUCCGCAUUCUCCAGGUUUUGGAAGAGAACUCAUGCACCAGACUACCUCGGAUUCGCGAUUCUCCUUACUGGGUGGAUCGUGAUGCUAUUGUUUAUUGAGCCAUUCCACCGCAUGUUCUUCAUCAAUGAUCUGCAUAUCUCAUACCCUCAUGCCGAGGUCGAGCGCGUACCUGUUUACAUGAACUUCGUUUACGCCCUCUUUAUACCGCUAGGCGUAUUGGUUGCGUAUAAUGUUGUCACAAAAGCAUCGCCUCACAAGCACGAGGUCACUUACCUGUCCUUUGCCAUCGCCAUCAUCAUGGGCUCCUUUCUCACGGACCUCGUCAAGAAUACUGUCGGCCGACCGCGUCCCGACUUAUUGGCCAGAUGUAAGCCGGCGGCUGGCACGAAGCCUGAUGUGCUUGUUACCAUCGAUGUUUGCACCGAGACUGCACACCAUCUCCUCCAUGAUGGUUGGCGGUCCUUCCCAUCGGGCCAUUCGUCUUUCUCUUUCUCUGGAUUGGGCUUCCUGAGCUUGUUCUUGGCUGGCCAGCUGCACAUUUUCCGACACAACAGCGGGGGCCGAGACCUUAGCCGCGCCCUUAUUUGCCUUCUGCCGCUGCUGGGGGCUGCACUCAUCGCCAUCAGCAGGUGUGAGGACUACAGACACGACGUGUAUGAUGUUUCCGUGGGCUCUCUGCUUGGUUACGUGGUUGCGUACUGGAGUUAUCGGCGACACUGGCCGAAGUUGACCGCCAGGGAAUGCCAUGAACCCCAUCCCUAUCCUGGAUCAGACCCCAAGACCGGGUGGAACCGUCUGCGAGACGAGGAGGAAGCUGGGAACUCGCGACCCGACGUAGGCUAUGAGAUGACCCAGCUAAAUAGCCAGAGGCACUAAUCACUGUCAGUAGGGUCCUUCAUAGAGUGCGAACGCAACAAACGAGCCAUCGACAUAGCCAUCUACACACGUAAGACUAAUCACCGCAUUGUUUCUCGUGUUUACUGCACUCUUGCCUUGCUUUAUUGUGCUUCAUCUUGAGCCUGGUUUUUCACCUCUGCACUACAUGCCAUUUUACAGUUCACCCGGGGAUAUCGCAAUCGCAUUUGCAUCUUGGCAGCAACCUGUUAGGGGUUUGGGGGGU